GGUGGGGUUCUCUACUCUGAGAAUGAGAAUACCAAUUAGAGAUUGCUGUCCUCAGUCUGUUCUCUCAUUGGCCACUGAAUGGGUGAUUGAAGGUUUAAUUUAUUUCUAAUGGAUAGCAUAUGCAUUUGCCUAUUAAAAAGCAAACAUUUCAUUUCUGACAGUUCCUGCAACAGUUGAUGUUGUUGGAAUCUACUAUGAAUCGUAGGGGGACACCAUGAUAGGACAUACUGUCUAUUGGAGAAGGGUUUCACCUGCAAGAGGAAAGGAGUAUUGCUGUGCAGGGGUGGUAUAGGUUGUGCUGCUGGAAUAUCGUGAGAUGCAGUCAAGGCAGAGCACAGCUCUGAAUUAAGACUUAGCCAGUUGAGUAAUGAAUAAAACCUAUGGAGUUUUGGGGUUGGUUGAAGUUAAUCCUUCCUUUUUCCUGCUGCUGCUUAGAGUGGGCAGAAAAUAAAACCAGCAAGUGAUUUCAAGUAACAACAGCAACAACAAAAAAGGAUAUGUAAAGAGAGAUAAAACAAGGGACAUGAGAAGUUUUGAUUAUUUUUUGUUUGUUUGUUUCUGACACUGAAAAUACUAAGUACAAUGAUAUGGUUCCUGCAAGUAGGCCUGGUAGUAAUAAUAAUAUUGCAGAAUGGUUUGAGAUUUAGUAAUAAAAAAUAAUAAAGAAGAGUUGAGUACUAUUAUUUGUUUAUACCUGCAAGUGAGAAUGUGGGUACUAAAGCAAAGGACACAUAUGUGGGGCAUCCCAUCCUGUGGUCAGCAUGGGGGGAGAAAGUGACUGGGAUUUUACAAUGGAGCAGCCAUCUGCCAGGCUUACAGAAGAAAUUACUGAAGUGUAUUACAAAUAGUUGCCAAAACUUGCUGGAACAGAAAUAAUUUCAACAUGCCAAGGGGCUCUUAUCUGUCUGUGGUGCACUGCUCUGGACAGCCCAUGUCCCUUCUGCAUUUCUCAGGUUGCCUGGAGAGGUGGUGGAUGCCCAUUCUCUGCAGACAUCCAAGGUCUGGCUGGAUGGGGCUCUGAGCACCUGAUUGAGAUGUAGGCGUACCUGUGCAUUGCAGGGGAGUUGGACUAGGUGACCUUUAGUGGGCCCUCCAACACAUGCAAUUCUGUGACUCUAUGCUGGGGAAAUAAAAAAGACAGUACUUGGAUUUAUGUUUCAAUUAGUUGUAGUUGAAAAAAAUGUGGUGUAAGGUUCUUAAAGACAGAGUCUGAAUUAUUUUGUGUGUAUUUUCUUUCCCGAGAUCAAUGCUGUGCUCCUCCACUCUGUCUCAUUUCUGAGUUUGUGACACUAAGAUAAUAGUGUUUCUCAUUUGACAGUUUGGGCUCCUGGAGAGCCUGGAAUUGUUUAGAAACAGUUAGCAAGUAGCACACAAAAUCCACUUAAGAUGUUCUGCUCUUUUUAAAGGCUGCGGGAGCCAAAAGGCACCUGAUCUUUCUACUACACAGUGUUUAGGUUUUAUGUGCUGUUCUGCGUGUUGUGGACCUUAGAGGCUUGGGGCAUUCUCUUUGUGAUCUGGAUAUGUCAGAAGGCUUUGGAAUUGUAAUGACUUCUUUAGGUACAGAUUAAGAAAUAAAUAUUUUGUACAAUCAAAAUUUGACCCUCUGUGAGCUUUCUGGAGGAUCUUACUGAAGACUUACUUUGUCUUGCAAUUGCUGGUGGCUCUUAACGCUACUUUACUCCCCAAACUUCCUUUCUUUGUAUGAACUGAUUCCUGCAGUCUCUGCGUGAUGUUACAGUUUUAUCAGUUGGACAUUUGUAGUUACAGCUGUAAGAAGGAGAUUAUAAGUUUUUAUGGUUUUUUUUUUUGUUUGUUUGUUUGUUUUCCUGGCAGUGAAACAGUGAACUGGAAGGCAGCUGUUGUAGUCACAGAAUCAUAGAAUGGCUUGGGUUGAAAGUGGUGAGGUGCUGGAACAGACUGCCCAGAGAAGCUGUGGAUGCCCCAUCCCUGGAGGUGUUCAAGGCUGGUUGGCUGGGGCUCUAGGCAGUCUGGUCUAGCACUAAAUGUGGAGGUUGGUGGCCCUGCCUGUGGCAGAUAGGUUGGAGCUUUGUGAUCUUUGAAGUCCCUUCCAACCCAAGCCAUUCUAUGAUUCUAUGACCUCAAAGAUCCUCUAGUUUCAACUCUUCUGCCGCAGGCAAGGAAUGACUUGCUGAUGGUGUGCCGCCAGCUGAAUAUGGAGGAGUCUGUCGCUGAGAUCAUGCACCAACUGGGAACAGAUGAAAAUGGAAAAAUUUCCUUCCAGGAUUUUAGUCAGUGCCGCAUGCAACUGGUGCGAGAAAUCAGGAAGGAGGAAGUGGAGCUUUCUGUGAAAUCAGAUGACUCUUGUAAAAAGAAAAAGUUAAGAGAUAGGAUAGCUUCCUGGCCGACUAGCAGCAAUAACAGUCUAGGUGCCUUAUCAGGAGCCAGAGAAAGCUGGGAGUAUGAUUCAGGAGCAAGAGAUCUUCAGAGUCCAGACCUCCAGAGUCAUUUUACACUACAAAAGAUAUUGGAGAAUGGUGGAAGCACUGUGACUAAACAAGCUGCUCUGCAGAAGCUUCUAGCUCAGGCCUCAAAUUAUAGCAACUCUUUUGGAGGAAAUUACUUGGAACUUGCCAACACUCUUCAUUUAGCAGCCCUGGCAUCAUUAAAGGGAGACGUAGUGGAGCUUAAUAAACGUCUACAACAAACAGAAAGAGAACGUGACCUGUUGGAGAAGAAACUGGCGAAAGCACAGUGUGAGCAGUCCCACCUAAUGAGAGAGCACGAAGAUGUGCAGGAGCGAACAACGCUACGCUAUGAGGAGCGAAUCACAGAGCUGCACAGUAUCAUUGCUGAAUUAAAUAAGAAGAUUGAUCGACUACAGGGAACAACAAUAAGGGAAGAAGAUGAGUAUUCAGAGCUGCGGUCAGAGCUCAGCCAAAGCCAGCAUGAGGUUAAUGAAGACUCACGCAGCAUGGACCAGAAUUCUGUUUCAGUACCAGAGAAUCAGUCCACCAUGGUCACUGCAGACAUGGAUAACUGUAGUGACUUGAAUUCAGAACUGCAGAGAGUGCUGACAGGUCUGGAGAAUGUUGUCUGCGGAAGGAAGAAGAGCAGUUGCAGUUUAUCAGUGGCAGAAGUGGACAGACAUAUUGAACAGCUCACAACUGCCAGUGAACACUGUGAUUUAGCCAUUAAGACAGUAGAAGAGAUUGAGGGUGUCUUAGGACGUGACCUUUAUCCAAAUCUGUCUGAAGAGAGAUCUCGAUGGGAAAAGGAACUUGCUGGCUUGCGGGAAGAAAAUGAGAGCCUCACUGCCAUGCUCUGUAGCAAAGAGGAGGAGCUGAACAGGACCAAGGCCACUAUGAACGCUGUUCGUGAAGAAAGGGACAGACUGCGUAGAAGGGUUCGGGAGCUGCAAACUCGUUUGCAAAGUGUGCAGGCAACUGGCCCAUCCAGCCCAAGUCGUCUCACUUCUGCAAAUCGACCGGUUAACCCCAGCACAGGAGAGCUGAGCACAAGCAGUAGUAGCAAUGACAUUCCCAUAGCCAAGAUUGCUGAAAGAGUGAAGUUGUCAAAGACGAGAUCGGAGUCUUCAUCAUCUGACAGACCUGUCUUAGGAUCGGAAAUCAGCAGCAUAGGGGUGUCUAGUACUGUGGCUGAACAUUUGGCACAUUCCCUUCAAGACUGCUCAAACAUCCAGGAAAUCUUCCAGACUCUUUAUUCACAUGGAUCUGCUAUCUCUGAAAGUAAAAUCCGCGAGUUUGAAGUAGAGACAGAGAGAUUAAAUAGCCGUAUUGAGCACCUGAAAUCCCAAAAUGACUUGUUGACAAUAACACUGGAAGAGUGCAAGAGCAAUGCUGAGAGGAUGAGCAUGCUUGUUGGGAAGUAUGAGUCCAAUGCCACAGCCCUCCGGCUUGCAUUGCAAUACAGUGAACAGUGCAUAGAAGCAUAUGAGCUGCUGUUGGCAUUGGCAGAAAGUGAGCAAAGUCUCAUUCUUGGGCAAUUCAGAGCUGCAGGAGUUGGUUCUGUUGGUGACCAGACAGGUGAUGAAAACAUCACCCAAAUGCUAAAGAGAGCUCAUGACUGCAGGAAGAUGGCUGAGAACGCAGCAAAAGCCUUGCUGAUGAAACUGGAUGGGAGCUGUGGGGGAGCCUAUGCAGUCACUGGAUGUAGCGUGCAGCCCUGGGAAAGCCUCUCAUCCAACAGCCACACAAGUACUACAAGCUCAACUGCAAGCAGCUGUGAUACAGAGUUUACAAAGGAGGAUGAGCAGCGACUGAAGGACUACAUCCAGCAGUUGAAAAAUGACAGAGCAGCGGUAAAACUAACAAUGCUGGAGUUGGAGAGUAUUCACAUUGAUCCCCUUAGUUACGAUGUUAAACCUCGUGGAGACAGCCAGAGGUUAGACCUAGAAAAUGCGGUCUUGAUGCAGGAACUUAUGGCAAUGAAGGAGGAGAUGGCAGAGCUCAAGGCACAACUUUACCUACUGGAAAAAGAGAAGAAAGCAUUGGAAUUGAAGCUGAGCACUCGAGAGGCCCAGGAACAGGCUUACCUUGUCCAUAUUGAGCACUUGAAGUCUGAAGUGGAAGAGCAAAAAGAGCAAAGAAUGAGAUCUCUCAGCUCAACCAGCAGUGGAAGCAAAGAUAAACUGGGAAAGGAAUGCAGCGAUGGCACCGCAACACCGUUAACACUAGCAGAGCUGAGACCAUACAAUGAAAGCGAACUGACAGCUGAACUUACAAAUGCACUCAGGCGAGAGAAGAAACUGAAAACUAGAGUGCAGGAGCUGGUGAGUGCUUUGGAGAGGCUCACAAAAAGCAGUGAAAUCAGACAUCAGCAGUCCGCUGAAUUUGUUAAUGACCUGAAAAGGGCAAACAGCAACUUGGUAGCAGCAUAUGAAAAAGCAAAGAAAAAGCAUCAAAAUAAGCUGAAGAAACUGGAAUCACAAAUGAUGGCCAUGGUGGAGAGACAUGAAACACAAGUCAGGAUGCUCAAACAAAGAAUAGCUUUACUAGAAGAAGAGAACUCUAGACCGCACACAAAUGAAACUUCACUUUAAGUGCAUCUCUUGGAAAGAUCUUCGUGCCAUCAUAAAUUUCUUUAUUUUGGAGGCUGGCUUUUAGGUUGCUUCAGUGCUGAGGUCUGACCUAUCAACACAGGCACAGUUCAACACCAUCUCUCAGAUCUCAGCUGUCCAGCCAGGAGUUAUGGGGAUAAUCUAAGCAUUAACUAAGGACUGUUUAAUAAUGUAAAGUGGCAGUGCCUGAAUUAUCAUGCUAUAAUUAUGUACGUUGUCUGUGUCAUUAUGUCUUUACUCAUACAGGUUCUCUUCCAUUUUAUGUCCUAUGGGUGAUGGUAUCACGCAGGAAAAUACGUCACGUUGAUAGGUUUUAAUUUGGGCAGGUUGGAGGUAUUCUGAGUUCUUCUGAUUCCCGAGUCCCUCUGCACACGGCUGUACUCAAGACACGUUCAGAUGGUUACGCCAUCUAAACAGAUGGCUGCAGUUCAGGGCGCUCAUAGGCUUGUUUGCUUUGUGCUCCACAGUAGCAGUACUGUUAACUAACAGCGCCGGUAAGACAGGAAGGCUGCUUCUGAUUUGGGGAGGGGAUGAAACAGUUUUUAAAACAAGCUGCAUCUCUUCAGAGGAUGGUUUAUUUCAUAGGAGUCUGUAAGAGGACUAAAGGCUCUACGUUUUACUGUGUCAGACAGCCUGUGCCAAGGUUGGUUCAGAGAUCACAAGCCAUCACCUGGUAUUUAUUUACAUUGCACGGUGUUUAUUUGCAACUAAUUUGUGAAAGUUGAGUUUUCUUGUCAGUACAUUAUAGCCAAGAUUUUCCAUAAGAGGCUAGACAGUCUUUGUCACCUAUAGAGAUUUCAGUGUAUCUUUCGUCAUGAGGUAGAAUGACAUCUUUUAAUUCUUUUAACCAAAAAAGGUACUUAGUAGAAAUGUACCUGUUUCAUUUUGAAUACAUAUACACGAAACUAUAAAUGUGUAGGUGUAUGGAUGUACAGCCACAAACAGAAUGUGAACGAGGUCUUCAUAGAGCUUUGUAGGUUAACUUUUGUUAGUUUUACUAUUCUUUCGUUUAAGCCACAUCCUGUUAGUGCAUUUUCAUGUGAAUUAAUUGAGAGAAAUUGCCCUAUUGUGUUAAGUGGAGCAUGGGGAUCGGGUUGAUUUCUUAACAAAGAUGGGAGACUGCCCUAGUUCCCAUUUUAGAGGGAAUUUGUUUUUUCUUGACUGAGCAUAGAAGACAAUUUCCGUGUUUACAUUUGUUUUUUGUUUGGCCAAACAUUAACACUGUAAGCCUGUUGCUGUUACUCUUGUACUUUCCAUUUUUCAAGCUCAGCUCUCUCCAGUAAAUCAGACUUCAGGAGUUGUCCAUCAUUGUUGUUUUACGUGUUGCGUUGCACCUCACGUUCUACUCUGUGUAGAAUUACAAAAACUUCUCUCAUUCAGUCCUACAAUUUCUAGCUCAAAGUAUUUUUAGAGGACUGGUUUUAUCUAGUAGUGGCCUAGGCUUACAGGUGUGAGCGUUUGUGUUCAGAAUACAGCACUGUUGUUCAGUGUUGAUUUCAACUGAAUCUGGAGCAGUUUGUGUUCUCUGAUUUCAUUACUGGCAUCUCUGUUUUACUUACUGACAAACAUACCUGGCGAACUCCUAAAGCAUGCUGAAGGUAAUUUCUAUUCUAUUCUACAGUGGCUGCCAUUUUCUUCUUUCCUUAGGGUACUAAUUAUUAUUUCAUACUUCUCCAGAAUGUGAUAGAUCAGCAACAAAGCCAGCACCCUAAGUGGUUGAUUGCAGCGGCACAUUAGAACAGUGCUGAUUUCAAAACCGAGUUGUAGGUAGUGAUGCCCUGGGGUUGGGUUACAUCAGUCCUCUCUGUCAAGCUAAUUGUACUUCUUAAUUUAUAAUGCAAAUGGAUAUUUUUGAAGCCACACUAUUGAGGGAAUAAAUAUUGUUGCUCUGGUUUUCCUUGAUCAACAAGUUUCUUGUCAACGGUGCUUUUUGUUUUCACUGUGGUUCAGUGGUAGCUGACCACACUUGUGUCUGAAGAAAUAAAAAGCACACAGCCGAUCCUUUCCUAUGGCAUUUACAGUUCUGUCGUCUUGGAUCUAGAACACCCAUCUACUGUAAGGUCAUCUCAAAUUGUCAGAGUGAAAUAAACCUUUCACUUAAGGUAGUUGGACAAUACUCUUACACGGGCUUUCCUCAUGCCCUAUUUUUCUAUUCCUUGGUAGCUUUAGAAGCCAUUAAGUUCAUGUAAUGCAAUAAAGCUUAAAGCAUUUGAACCUGUCGUUAUAGGAAAGAUGUACAUUAGGAAGCAGAGAACGUUGCAGUGUUCCUUGCAGUCUUCCUAAAGGCCCAAUGAUGUGCUGGUUCUGCACAAACUGAAUGUUGUCUUACUACAUGUACUAUGUAUCUUCCCUCCCAACAGUGCUCUAUAAGUGUUCUAAAAUGAAUUAUAAAUCAUUAACUAUAUAUAAGCCACAUUCCUUUUCUCUCCACAGGACUCUUAGGUAGCACAGCAAGACUGGUAUCAGACAGCCCCUGCAGCAGCUGUAAUUUGCCAAAACAAAAGUUACUUUCCCUAAGCCAUCAGCUGCUUGCCAGCAUUCUACAGUAGGCCAGUGGGAACACAGGGAAGGGUUUACUGGUAUUGUGGAAACCAGCAUCUCUGAUUUAAAUGGCACCAAUAUUGCAACUAAGUACCGAGAAACAAGUUCCCUUUAUGUAAGUGAACUGGUAGCACGCCAGUGUACGGACAAGUACUUUAUCACUGACACAAAUCACCUUGAGUGACCUAACACUUAACUCACCUAACACUCAUUGUGGAAUUAAUACAUUAACAAAGCAAGAAAAUUAGUUUCUCUUGGCAGGAACCACAUAUGUUGUUCACUCAUUAAUUAAUCUUAGGGUGUCUUAUUUUUCUAAAUCGCUGGAGUGCAUGGAACUUUUUAUUUCUUUGUGUUCAGAAAAAAAAGUACUUUGUUUUCUAAGCAUAUAAAUCUUCACCAGCUUGAAUGUACUGUUAGUUAUCGCAAAGCACACAUGACUAACAUUGCAUUAAUGCCAGUAUUGUUCUGCUGUUUUUAUUAGAAGUUUCUCAUUUAAAACCUCAUUUAAUACUGUACUAUACAUUGUAAUAUUAGAAUCUUUUCACCUCGCUGAAUUAGCUCUGUGUUGCUGGUUUUUAGUCUCCUAGCUGCUGUAAAAUAGCUAUUUUGUGUUUAUUUGAUAUAGAACUGUAAAAAAAAAAAAAAACCUGCAUUUAUUUAUACAGAGACAUUUAUAAUACUUAUUUUACAAAUGUUCUUAUAUUCUGAAUAAAUUUCUAAAGCUG